AUGGGAGGCAAAGAUUCGAGCACGGCGCUCUCAAGAGCGAAUCGCGAUGCGGGCACCUCCUCGAGCAGUAGCAUCCAAGCGGCAUCUCGCACCGGCAGCAACGCACCAUUCUAUCGCCAGUUCCUGCCCGCACAGCUCUCCAACAUCUCGCCCAACGAACCAAUACCGUCGCUCGACGAGCUCUCGGCAUUAGCGAAACACCUCAGCAGGAUCAAAGCCGAAUCAGCUGCACGCCUUUCUCGCCUCGAAUCUCGAUCCGCCGACCCAGUCAAGCCCAUCUUCUUCUCAGCACCCAAUGACCUCUUCAGCCCGCCUGGUCUCGCUGGUCUCGCGAGUGCCGCUCAGAGUCUCUACUCGGACUCGGCCCGGAAGUCAACACCAUCUGCUUCCUCGUCCGCUUCCAAGAACACCAAGACUCGCGAGCGUUCCUUGGCCUCUCCCGCUCCCUCCGCCUCGGGCUCCAAUCUGAACGGAACCGCAGCCGCUGGAGCUACGAACAAGAUCAAGAUCAAGCGAGAGAGAGAUAAUGACAGCGCCCCGGCCAGCUCCUUCCUAUACUCGGAGGCGAGGUCUCCGCACAAGCUCGGAGGCGCAGCCGGCAAAGCAAAUCCUCGGAGCAAAGCAGCGAGGGGCCACAGCCUGGAUGUGGGCGGAGAUGACGAGAGUGUAGCGUCGACCGAUCCCGAGUGGGAUCUGGACGAAGAUUCGAUGCCAAGUCGACCGGGGCGGACAUACGCAAAGAACAAGAAGCGCAAGCGCAGGGAUGCUGACGCCGACUCGAACGAGGACGAGUCCGGCUCAGAAUUCGAGGCUGGUGCUCUGCUCGGUGCAGCAGGCUCGGCAAGAGGCUCUGCCACAUCGAAGCACGUUGGUAGCGCGUCGGCUUCCAGCGUUGCAGCGCGCUCAGCAGCUGCUGCCGUAACAGCUGCAGGUGCCAUCGCUUCCCGUGGCGGAUCCGAUGUCGGCACGUCGUCCGGCGGUGCUGGCACACCCAAGAUCCCCGCCAUCGGAAUGCGUCUCAAGGCCAAUGCCGGAACCGCAUCAUCUCACAACGCCCCGGGCUUGCCAAGGAAGGCAUCCGACUCGACACAAGUCUCAACGAGGCGCAACAGCGUUUUGCCAUCGCCCUCUCCGUUGCCUUCGACGCCUCUUCCUCACUCAGCCUUGCCCGUCGCUCCUCCGAUCAUCUUUCAGCCCGCGCCAGGCUGGGAGCUGCCGGCUCGCACGCCAGCUACCUUUAUGCCAAGCUUGGAAAGGUCACGCAAACCACGAGGCUACCCAACCAAGCCUGGCGAGGUGAACGAGAACUUUGCAGACAAGGACUGGAAGGAGAAGGAGCGCGAACGCGAUCGUUUGCUCGAGCGCGAGAGUGUCGGACCAGGCACGCCAAUUGGUCUUGGCCCAGGCCAAAGCAUGGUCAAGGAGGCUACUGCCGGCAGAAGAGGAGGCCGAGACUUGCAGCAGACACCGAUCAACACGUUCUACAACUAUGCGGACGCCUUCUUCAAGACGCUGACCGAGGACGACCUGGCGUGGCUCUCGAGCAAGUCGGACGACCACGAGCCGUUCCACAUGCCACCGCUCGGCCGUCACUACAAGGAGAUCUGGGAGGAGGAAGAAGCAUUGAUCGCCAGUGGAGCCGUCGAUGCGUACGGCCUUCCCCUCACUGCCAUUUCGCGCUCGCCGUCCGUCAGCCUGGGUGCUGGAAUGGGACUCCCGCUCGAUGUGACCGCCCUGGCAGCAGCUAGGAACAGCACCGCAGACGACAAGACGCAAGAUCACGCUGCACGCGAGGAGCUCGAGAUUCCUCCUCCUCCGCCCUUUAGGGUUCAGCAGAUGUCGGAUCAGCAUUUGGGCUUGGAAUCGCCUACGGUCGUGGAUGCUCGCAGCGGACCGUUGGCGGAACGGCUGGUCGCUUCCCUGCUGCCCUCGAACAACGACGCAGACAACGACGAUCCCAAUACGUCUGCAACCGGCUUCGGAGCGGAGUCCAGAUCCGCGCUUCCGCCCUCGAUUCUUGUCAAUCUCAACGGGCACGCUCGACCCGACGAAGAGGACGGCGACGACGAUGAUGCGGAGGGCGAACCCGACAUGGACUUUGAGGGUGUCAUGCAAGACCAGGACAUGGCGACGUUCGAAGAGAGGAUCGCCAAGGAGCUCAAGGCGCUCGAAGUGCUCGGCGCUGACGAGAGCCUGGAUUGGUCGACACGAGCCGACGACGAGAUCUCGACCACGCUGAGGAUGGUGCAGCGCGAGCUGGCGCGUCAGCAAAAGGUCAACGAGAUGCGCAAGGAUCGACUGUUUGGCAUCGCCAAGGAUCGAAUGGCCUACCAGGACUACCUCAACUGCCUCAACUCGGUCGAAAAGGAGAUCGAGCUGGGGUGGACCAAGCGUCUGCGUCAGAUCAAGGCCAGUCUGAGCAAGCGCAAGAAGGGCGGUCAUACCUACCACGACGACUCGCAUCUCUCGCAAGGCGCCAACGGUGUUCAGUCUGCAAGUGGCACGCCUCAACCUGGAGGCGCACCCUACAACGGACCUGUGCGACCUCAGCUACCGGAGAAUGUGGUCAAUGCCAUGGACCGACGCGAGAAGCUUCAGUUUGCCUUCAAGCCGCUUUUCGACGAGGCCAGACAUGCCUGGCAGACACCCACCGAGAGCGUCUAUGCUGACUUGCAUCUGGAGAAGGUCGAGUAA